CGGGCCGCGGUCCAGGGGUGGGUCGCCGCUUCUGCGUUCGCCGCGGCGCCCAUGGUCCCUCGUGGAGCCAGGGCGGCGGGCCCGGCGGCUCCCGCGCGCUGAGAGGGCGCUCCGGGGACGAUGAAGGGCUCGCGCUGCGGCCGCGGCGUCAGCCCGCUCUUGGCCGCCGCCCUGCUGCUGCUGCUGCUGCUGCCGCCGCCGCCGCCGGGCCGGGCGGGCGCUUGGGCCUCGCUGCUGCAGGCGGCCGCGCCGGGCCCCGCGGCCCCGGGGACCUCGCCGCCCCUGCGUCCCGGCCCCACCGCCGCCGGGUCGCCGGGCCGGGCGCCCGCAGACGCCGCGGGGCCGCGGGGCGCGGAGGGCGGCAACGGCAGCAGCCCCCGGGCGGGGCUGGCCGCGGACGACUCCGGCGGGAAGGCCCGGGAGGAAGACUCGGCGGGCGGGAGCCUGGCCGUGAGCCCCAACCCCGGCGACAAGCCGAUGACCCAGCGGGCCCUGACCGUGCUGAUGGUGGUGAGCGGCGCGGUGCUGGUGUACUUCGUCGUCAGGACCGUCAGGAUGAGAAGAAGAAACCGAAAGACUAGGAGAUAUGGAGUUUUGGACACUAACAUAGAAAACAUGGAGUUGACACCUUUAGAACAAGAUGAUGAGGAUGAUGAUAACACUUUGUUUGAUGCCAGUCAUCCUCGAAGAUAAGAAUGUGCCUUUUAAUGAGAGGACUUCAUCUUUCUACAAUGAAGAGCAGAAUUUCUAUGUUUAAGGAAUAAGAAGCCACUUUAUCACUGGGGGAGGGGGGUAUUUAAGUUACAUAUAUUAUGACAAACUUUAAUUUGUUGCAAUAAAUACUGUAUCGUUUUGUUAUGUCUUUGUAUGUAUAUGUAUAGAAGUGCUCUUAAUGGGCUCAGAGUUGUUGGGAGGGAACUGCACUAUAAUAGAAAUCUGUAUGAAAAUUACUUUAAGCAAGGUGUUUUCUGAUCAGUUACUAUUGCUUACCAUAUUGUAAAAAGUUUUAUAUAUUAAUCAGUUAAUGUUAUUUUGUUUGGGGGUUUUAUUUUUUUAUUUUUUUUGGUGAUUGCCCAUUAGUUGCUUUUUCCCCCCAUUAAUUGUUUUUUGCUAAAACUAUAAAUCCCAGCAACAAACUGGUGUGUAAAAAUAAUUUAAGAUUUCUUUACAGAGAUGUAUUCCCCAUUUUUGUGGGAAAAAGAAGCCAAGUUUACUUUGCAUUUGAUUUUUUUAAAUAUUAAUAAAUGAGUUGUAUGCAAAAAAAUAAAUAUGAUUUAAAAAUUA